AUGCGUCGAGCAUUCACUCGAAGCAUUACUACCGGUGCUGGCCGAACCUCUAGAGCAUCUCUCACCCGCUCGUCACUCCUCUUCUCAAAGCCUACCAUCAUGGCCUCCUCCGGCUCACCCACCUCCGCCGUCGCGGCGAGGAGGAUACACGCCACGGCGAAGCACCUCAACGCCGCCCUGGACUCGACGGCCGAGUCCUACCCCAACACCCACGAGAAGAUUGCCAAGCCAGAAGACACCCCCUUCUUCUUGGACAACAAGUUCAUGACCUCGGCCGCGACCGACUUCAUCGACCUCCACGACCCGGCCACCAACAACCUCGUCACCCGCGUGCCGCAGAUGACCACCGAGGAGCUGCAGUCCGCUGUGGACUCGGCCGAGAAGGCCUUCCCCAAGUGGCGUGCCAUGAGCGUCCUCGCCCGCCAGCAGAUCAUGUUCAAGUUCGUCGCCCUCAUCCGCGAGAACUGGGACCGUCUGGCGGCGAGCAUCACCCUCGAGCAGGGCAAGACGUUUGCCGACGCCAGGGGCGAUGUUCUUCGUGGUCUGCAGGUUGCUGAGGCCGCCUGCGGUGCGCCUGAGCUCUUGAAGGGCGAGGUGUUGGAGGUGGCCAAGGACAUGGAGACGAGAAGCUACCGUGAGCCAUUGGGUGUUGUGUCUGCCAUCUGCCCUUUCAACUUCCCCGCCAUGAUUCCCCUUUGGUGCAUCCCCAUCGCGACCGUCACCGGCAACACCCUCAUCCUGAAGCCCUCGGAGCGCGACCCCGGCGCGGCCAUGAUCCUCGCUGAGCUCGUCCAAAAGGCCGGCUUCCCCGAGGGCGUCGUUAACGUCGUCCACGGCGCCCACAAGACGGUGGACUUCAUCCUCGAGGACCCCGUCAUCAAGGCAGUCAGCUUCGUCGGAGGCAACAAGGCCGGCGAGUACAUCUUCAACAAGGGCUCCGCCCACGGCAAGCGCGUCCAGGCCAACCUCGGCGCCAAGAACCACGCCGCCGUCCUGCCGGACUGCAACAAGAACCACUUCCUCAACAGCGUCGUCGGCGCAGCCUUUGGCGCCGCCGGUCAGCGCUGCAUGGCCCUCAGUACCCUCGUCCUCGUCGGCGAGACAAAGGAGUGGCUCCCCGAGCUGGCCGAGCUGGCCAAGAAGCUCAAGGUUGACGGCGGCUUCGAGGCCGGUGCCGACCUCGGCCCCGUCAUCUCCCCGCAGAGCAAGCAGCGCAUCGAGAGCCUGAUCCAGAGUGCCGAGGACGAGGGCGCCACCAUCCUCCUCGACGGCCGCGGCUACAAGCCCGCAAAGUACCCCAACGGCAACUGGGUCGCGCCCACCAUCAUCACCAACGUGACGCCAGAGAUGAAGUGCUACACGGAGGAGAUCUUUGGCCCCGUCCUCGUCUGCCUCAACGUCGACACGCUUGACGAGGCCGUCGCGCUCAUCAACAAGAACGAGUACGGUAACGGCACCGCCAUCUUCACCCGCUCCGGCGCCACCGCCGAGGCCUUCCGCCGCAACAUUGAGGCCGGCCAGGUCGGUAUCAACGUGCCCAUCCCCGUCCCUCUGCCCAUGUUCUCCUUUACCGGCAACAAGAAGAGCGUUGCCGCGGGCGGCGCCAACACGUUUUACGGACGUCCCGGUAUUUCCUUCUUGACGCAGCAGAAGACGGUCACGUCUUUCUGGGCGUCUGCCGAUGCGAUUUCGCAAAAGGCUGAUGUCUCGAUGCCUACACACUCAUAA